CAGAAUGUGAGGUCCUGUUGCAAUAACACAGACAUAUUUUUUUGCCCGUACUACCGGAGGGAGAGACGGUGAGGCCAUAUACUUCAGCAGCUAUGAGCCAGCACAUUGGGAAGCUCUGUAGAUCUGCAGCAUCUUCAUUCCUCCUCUUCUUGCUGGUGGAUGUUGGUGUUAGUGAUGGAAGUGCAAGCAAGGAGAAUGCAGCUGUAACUCACGUAACAGCACGGCCCUCGUUGUUGACAACACCUGAGCCAUGGCACCUUUUGGUGACUCAAACACCAGCCAAGGAAAAAGCCAAAGAGGGUGAAACUGUGGUCUUAAAUUGUCGCUUUCACAGUCCACAACGUCCCUUCCUGACUGACCUAAUGGUGAAGUGGUACAAAGAAGAUGAAAAGGGACAGAUGGACCUGCUAGAAAACAACAUGACCAUCUUGCCAAAUAACUCCAGGGUUUUCAUGAGUGGAGACUUGUCCCAAGGGGAUGCCUCCCUGGUGAUCCUCAAUGUGACAACCAGUGACCACGGUAUUUAUUUCUGUGAGGUUACACUUCCAGACGGGAAGGUGGUGACAGGAGAUGGCACAAAGCUCAGGAUCAGGAGGGCUCUGGGCUUGUUUGGUAUAGAAGAAUCCAUUGGAACUAUCAUUGGGGUUGUGGCGGCUGGUAUCGGAGGUGUAGUGGUUCUGAUCAUUGUUUUAACCCCGCAGCUGAGGAGGUGCGUCCUCUGCAUGAGACAAGGCUCUCACCAAGUGUAGGUUGAGGUGCAGCAUUACAGGAGUCACUGGAAGAUGCAAAGCCUACGGGUGGAACAACUUCUGAGGCCCUGUAAGCCAAAAAAUGGAGCUCUAGUCGGA